UGCCGAAAUGCAUGAGCAGUGGAUGCUGUCAUUGAUUCUUCUUCAUACACUUUUUCAUCCAGAAUAUACGGAAUCCUCUAUAGUCUGUGAGGAUGAAAAAAAAUGUGGCUGUCUCAACAAAGACAGAAACGUGCAAAUAAAAAGAGUGUAUGAAAACAGAACAGCUAUUAUCCCCUGUCCAAACCUGCAAGAGGGUGAAGAACUCAUAUCUGCAAGUCUAUACAAGGGAAAAUCAAAGAUGCACUUUGCAGACAUGAGGAGGAACAGUCAAGAAUUAAGUGAGAAGUUUCAAGUGUCCAAACAAAAUUUCAGCAUCUCAUAUAUGAUUCUCGGCACCAAAUCCAACGAAACAGGACUCUACAUAUGCACAAUACAAACAGAGAUCGGAAAAACGAAAACCUCAAAGGAAAACAAUACUAUACUGCUUGUCAAAGAUGCGCAGCAGUCCACAGAACCGUCAGAGUUAUCCGACCCCUGCCCUUCAAGACAGAUUUUAUAUUCAAUUUUGUAUGCUGCUAUUGUUUACGACCUCAUGGUCACAGUGAUCUGUGGUCUCAUAUAUAAAUUCAGGAAAAAGAAGCAACCAGAAAAUCCGUACAUGAACACAAGACGUGGACGACAUAGGCUCAGAUAAACUAAGCAACCAGCGCACUCAGAGAUCUCACAAAGCAGUAAACAACAUCAUCUGUGCAUUACUUUCAAACCGAGCUGGACAUCUAACAAAAUGCAGUUUGUUUUGACAGAUUAACAAAUUGCUGUUGUAUGAUGUUUUUGACAAUUAAACACUAGGACACUCUCAUUUUAAUGGC